CGCGUUCUCUCACCAUCAUUUGAAAUCGAGAAUUGUGCGAAUAAACGUCUACACGUUAUUUCAACUUUUACAAACAACUCUAUCAUCAUGCCAGUGAAAACGCCAGCGAUUGGAAUUGAUCUGGGAACAACGUACUCGUGUGUCGGAGUGUUUCAACAGGGAAAAGUGGAAAUUAUAGCCAACGACCAAGGAAACAGGACGACACCCAGCUAUGUUGCGUUCACGGACUCUGAGCGGUUGAUCGGCGAUGCGGCUAAAAAUCAGGUCGCAAUGAACCCGAAAAACACCAUCUUCGACGCCAAACGUCUCAUCGGCCGCCGUUUCGACGAUCCGAAAAUCACACAGGACAUGAAGCAUUGGCCCUUCACAGUCUACAGCGAUUGCGGCAAGCCAAAGAUCCAGGUGGACUUCAAGGGUGAAGUGAAAAAGUUUUCUCCUGAGGAAAUCAGCGCAAUGGUGCUCACAAAAAUGAAGGAGACAGCAGAAACAUACUUGGGUGCACCAGUGAGAGAUGCAGUUAUCACAGUUCCAGCCUACUUCAAUGACUCACAGAGGCAGGCGACCAAGGAUGCAGGAGCUAUUGCAGGACUCAAUGUGCUUCGAAUCAUCAACGAGCCUACAGCUGCUGCCCUCGCCUAUGGAUUGGACAAGAACCUCAAAGGAGAGCGCAAUGUCCUCAUUUUUGACCUGGGAGGUGGUACGUUCGAUGUCUCAAUCCUCACCAUCGAUGAGGGCUCUCUAUUUGAGGUGAGAUCUACAGCAGGAGACACUCAUCUUGGAGGUGAAGACUUUGACAACAGGCUGGUCGAUCAUCUGAGUGAGGAGUUCAAGAGAAAAUACCGCAAAGACAUCAAGUCCAACCCACGAGCACUGAGGAGAUUAAGGACUGCAGCUGAAAGAGCAAAGAGGACACUCUCUUCAAGUACAGAGGCCAGCAUUGAGAUAGAUGCACUGUGUGACGGUAUUGACUUCUACACAAAAGUAUCACGAGCAAGGUUUGAAGAGCUGUGUGCUGAUCUAUUCCGUUCCACAUUACAUCCAGUUGAGAAGGCCCUGAACGACGCCACGAUGGACAAAUCAUCAAUCCAUGAUGUUGUACUUGUUGGAGGAUCCACUCGCAUUCCGAAGAUACAGUCACUGCUACAGAACUUCUUCAAUGGAAAGUCUCUCAACCUAUCAAUCAACCCAGAUGAAGCAGUAGCAUAUGGAGCAGCAGUUCAGGCAGCCAUACUCAGUGGAGAUCAGAGCUCACAAAUCCAAGACGUCCUACUAGUUGAUGUGACACCUCUCUCACUGGGCAUUGAAACUGCAGGAGGAGUGAUGGCGAAAAUAAUCGAACGCAACUGCAGGAUUCCAUGCAAACAGUCGCAGACCUUCAGCACCUAUUCAGAUAAUCAGCCAGCUGUCACCAUUCAAGUAUUUGAAGGUGAAAGGGCAAUGACCAAGGACAACAAUCUGCUGGGAACGUUCGACCUGACUGGGAUACCACCAGCACCGAGAGGAGUUCCCAAAAUUGAAGUCACAUUUGAUCUGGAUGCGAAUGGCAUUCUGAAUGUGUCAGCUAAGGAAACUGGAACUGGAAUUACAAAGAACAUUGUUAUCAAGAACGAUAAAGGACGUCUGUCUAAAGCUGAUAUCGACAGGAUGGUGAACGAAGCUGAGCAGUACAAGGAGGAGGACGAGAAACAAAGGCAGAAAGUGAGUGCUAGAAAUCAGCUGGAAAACUAUGUGUUCAGUGUGAAGCAGGCCCUGGAUGAGGCAGGCAGCAAACUGAGUGACGGUGACAAGGCGACAGCCAGACAGAGAUGCGACGAGUGCUUGCAGUGGCUGGACAACAACACACUCGCAGAGAAGGAGGAGUUCGAACACAAGUUGAAGGAGCUGCAGCAGCUCUGCUCACCAAUCAUGGCCAAGAUCUACUCGAGUGGUGCAGCCAAUGGACCGACUUCUUGCGGACAGCAGUUCAACCAAAGCCAGUCAUUUCCUAGAAGUGGACCCACCGUAGAGGAGGUCGACUAGAGAUAAAACCAUUCAAUAACCUUAUUUCAUUGGAUCCUAGAGAAAACAAAGACUGUGAAUCAGCUAUAUUGCAAACACCAAAGCCUAAUAAUUAGUUUAUUAUUCCCUUGAUAUUUUUUUGUAAUUAAGGAUAAUUUGAAAGUUUGAUGUAACUCAUAAAGUAUUGAUAUAAUAGCAGUAUUAUUAUUUAUUGAGAUGUGAUUUCAUCUAGUAUUCAAAUAAAGAAUGAGUUCACCUUUUGUAAAA